GUCGGCUCCCCUUCGAGAGCCAGGCCUGCACGUCGCCCAUCCUGCUUCCGGUGCUCUCGGAGCACUGCUCAUGGAGCUGCUGUGACUCCGAGCUCUGCUUAUGGGGGAAGCAUUUUCAUCUCUAAAGGAGGAGAUUGGCCAUCUGUCUAACUACAUCCAGCCCACUCUGACCUCCCAGAGCUGCUCUGUUCCGAGGUUAGGCCAGACGAGUCCAGAGCCAGGGGGUGCAGGGGUCCCAGGCCCUUUCACGCACCUCCUGCUGCCUCACCCUGUGGCUCCCCUGCUCCAUUCGCAUCCGCAGUUGCUGCCCGCAGGUGACCCCCUGUGGGCCCCAUCUGUCCUUCCUCACGCCCCGCUCAGCGCCUGGAGCUCGCACCCUCAGCCACAUCUCGGGAGGAAGAUGGAGUCCAAGGUGUCAGAGGGCGGCCUGAACGUCACCUUGACCAUCCGCCUGCUGAUGCACGGCAAGGAGGUGGGCAGCAUCAUCGGGAAGAAAGGAGAGACCGUGAAGAAGAUGCGAGAGGAGAGUGGUGCAAGGAUCAACAUCUCGGAAGGAAACUGCCCUGAGCGGAUCGUGACGAUCACGGGUCCCACAGAUGCCAUCUUCAAGGCCUUCGCCAUGAUCGCCUACAAGUUUGAAGAGGACAUUAUCAACUCCAUGAGCAACAGCCCAGCCACCAGCAAACCCCCAGUGACGUUGAGGCUGGUGGUCCCGGCCAGCCAGUGUGGAUCCCUGAUCGGCAAAGGCGGCUCCAAAAUCAAGGAGAUCAGGGAGUCAACAGGCGCUCAGGUCCAGGUGGCCGGGGACAUGCUGCCCAACUCCACGGAGCGGGCGGUGACGAUCUCGGGGACCCCUGAUGCCAUCAUCCAGUGUGUGAAGCAGAUCUGUGUGGUCAUGCUGGAGUCCCCACCGAAAGGUGCCACCAUUCCCUACCGCCCAAAGCCCGCCUCCACCCCUGUCAUUUUUGCAGGUGGUCAGGUAAGAGCCGACCCGCUCGCGGCCUCCACUGCCAACCUCAGCCUUUUACUGCAGCCCCCGCCGCUGCCCGCCUACACGAUCCAGGGACAGUACGCCAUCCCCCACCCAGAUCAGUUGACCAAGCUCCACCAGCUGGCCAUGCAGCAAACCCCCUUUCCUCCCCUCGGACAGACCAACCCCGCUUUCCCCGGAGAAAAGCUGUCUUUGCACUCCUCCGAAGAAGCUCAAAAUCUGAUGGGCCAGUCGUCAGGUCUGGAUGCCAGCCCCCCAGCCAGCACCCACGAGCUCACCAUCCCCAAUGACCUGAUAGGCUGCAUCAUCGGCCGCCAGGGGACCAAGAUCAACGAGAUCCGGCAGAUGUCCGGGGCACAGAUAAAGAUCGCCAACGCCACUGAGGGCUCGUCUGAGCGGCAGAUCACCAUCACAGGGAGCCCGGCUAACAUCAGCCUGGCCCAGUACCUCAUUAACGCCAGGCUGACUUCUGAGGUCACUGGGAUGGGCGCCCUCUAACCGGCCUGGUGCCCCAGCCCCACCGACAGAGCCCUCGUCGCCAGUAGAAACGCAGGCUCCCUGCGCCAGGGCACAUCUGCCACAGGGGCAGCAGCAAGGCCCGCCGUCCACUCGUCCAUCUGUUUGUCCGCUCCAGGCUCCCUUCCGCUCCUCCCGUCAUGCUCUCAUCUCUGCAUCGGCAUGUCCUUGCGUCUGCGCUUUGGGGCCUCCCGUGUGGCGUGUAGACUUGUCCCGGGCUCAGUGCCUGUUCCAGGAGGGGGGGCGCUCCACAGCACCGCCAGCGUCCAGAGUGGGGCCGUCACGUACCACCUCUGCCCCUCCUGCCGACUUGGUUUCCCCAGCGGGUGCACCUGCCUCUCACAGGGCCCCUGACCUAGGGACGGGGAGGGUGCUGAGGUCCCAGCUCACAGGACGUGGGUGCAGGGAGGGCGGGGCGAGAGCCCAGGUGGACUGCCCUGCCCCGUAUACAGCUCAAUAAAUGUUGUGCGUUGCCCCCGC